GAAGAACAGUGUCCACGCCUUCUGGUACAGUCAUUGAAAGUAGGGGGAUAACUUCAGUGUUCUAAUACACUGCGCGGGCGGGCAACGAGCAGAUAAAAUGGGAGUGCGUGAGCAGGUGAAGAGCAUUUUAUUAUACCUCUGCAUCUGUAGUCAUGUUUGUACUGAAGAGUGGGAACUCACGCUGCUUCAUACAAACGAUGUCCACGCACGGAUUGAGGAGACAAGCAAGGACUCCGGCAAAUGCACCAAGCCUCCGUGUUUUGCCGGGGUGGCACGGAGAUUUACGAAAAUAAAGGAGAUCCGGAACCGAGAGAAAAAUGUGAUGCUGCUGGACGCAGGCGAUCAAUUUCAAGGAACCGUUUGGUUUAAUGUCUAUAAGGGAGCAGAGGCUGCACAUUUUAUGAACAAACUUGGCUACGAUGCAAUGGCUCUGGGGAAUCAUGAGUUUGACAAUAAAGUGGAGGGACUUAUCAAGCCGUUUCUCCAGGAGGUGAAGUGCACAGUCCUCAGUGCUAACAUCAAAGCAGACGACACACUAGCACCUCGCAUCAGUGGCCUUUAUUUCCCUUAUAAGGUAUUUGAUCUGGACUCUAAGAAAGUGGGCGUGGUGGGAUACACAUCAAAGGAGACGCCUGCUCUGUCACAAACAGGACCUAACUUAGUGUUUGAGGAUGAGAUUGAUGCUCUCCAGCUCCAGGUUGACAAACUAAUCACUUUGGGGGUCAACAAGAUUAUCGCCCUUGGUCACUCUGGCUUCGUUACAGACAAAGAAAUAGCCAGAAGGGUAAAGGGUGUGGAUGUGGUCAUCGGAGGACAUAGUAACACCUUUCUGUACACAGGAAAACAGCCUUCCUCUGAGGUCCCGGCAGGUCCCUACCCGGUCAUAGUAAGGUCAGAGGGUGGCCGUGACGUCCCUGUGGUGCAGGCCUUUGCCUUUGGGAAAUAUCUGGGUUACCUCAAGGUGACGUUUGACGAAGCUGGCAACGUGCUCCAGUCCACAGGCAACCCCAUCCUUCUGGACAGCUCUGUACCAGAGGAUCCCAGUAUUCUGGCUGAAGUCAACGAGUGGAAAAAGGCCCUGGCAAAUUACUCCUCCCAGUAUGUGGGGGAGACCCUGGUGUAUCUCAAUGGAACGUUUGAAGAGUGCAGGUUCCGAGAGUGCAACCUGGGAAACCUAAUCUGUGACGCUAUGGUACACCACAACAUUAAAUAUGCAGAUGAGCUUCAAUGGAACCAUGUUAGCUCCUGCAUCCUCCAAGGGGGAUCGAUACGAUCAUCCAUAGAUGAGCGGAGUCGAAACGGUUCCAUCACGAUGGAGGACCUCAUUGCUGUGUUGCCGUUUGGAGGCACCUAUGAUCUGGUUCAGCUGAAGGGAUCUACUCUGAGGAAGACUUUUGAGCACUCCGUCAGGAGAUAUGGAGGGAACACAGGGGAAUUCCUUCAAGUAUCAGGAUUUCAUGUAGAGUAUGAUAUGUCGAGGCCCCCUGGGGAGCGCGCUAGGAGUAUUAGUGUGCUCUGUACGGACUGCCGGGUGCCAGUCUAUGAGCCUCUGGACGACAGAAGGCUAUACAAGGUGGUCCUGCCCUCAUACAUGGUGGAAGGAGGAGACGGAUUCUCCAUGAUUAAAGAGGAGAACCUGAAACAUGACAGCGGUGACAUGGACAUAUCGGUGGUGGCCAGCUACAUUGCUGAGAGGAAGAAGGUGCACCCGGCUAUAGAGGGACGUAUCAAGAUUUCCAACUCAGCUUCAGGGGGGCCUGGUCACAUGGCUCUGUUAAUCAUGCUGGGGCUAGUGAUGGCUCUGUUUGGGAGACUGAGAGAUCCCUGGCUGCAAUCAUGAUGCAAAGCUCACCAUUGGAUAUGUUCUUCUCACCAACAGCAUUCAAGGGAAGAGCUCAACUCUAGUUAGUCUAUUGAGUACAAAUUGAACAGGGAUAUGGUGAAUGGAUACUUCACCAAUGCUCUCAGAUUUUUCUUUCUAAAUACUGCAGUUAGAUAUGAAAUUCGCUAUUGAAACUUCAGGGAAAAUACUGUAAAUGUAUUAUCCUAUGGCUAAAACUAGAAAUGAUGCACUGGUAAGUCUCGUGUACAGUCGCUGCUGUCAAGCUCUUGGUCUGCGAUCCAGUUUGAGCAUAAACAUACUUUUGCUUAUGUACUCUAACAGAUGGAAACAGAUGACCGGUGCUUGUUUAAGUGUGUACCCCUGGCAGAGCCUAC